UUCUUUGCCUGGUCUCUGCCUCUGGUCGGUCAUGGCGAGCGAAGUGAGCUACCCUCUGCAGCUGUCGUCCGUGAGCGAGAGCCACGCGUCUCUGUACGAGGAGAGUCUGAAGCACCCCGAGCAGUUCUGGGGCGACCUUGCCAGCAGGAGACUCCGCUGGACCAAGAAGUUUGACCAGGUCAUGGACUGCGACAUGAGGACCGGCCAGUUCAAGUGGUUCCUCGGCGGCGUCAUCAACGUAUCAGUGAAUUGUCUUGAUCGCCACGUGGAGGAAAACGCAGACAAGCCGGCCUUCAUCUGGGAGAAGGACGAGCCUGGAACUCACGAAGUCAUCAGCUACGGCCAGUUGUUGGAGAGCACGUGUCGUAUUGCCAAUGUGUUGAAGAGAGAGGGAGUGAAGAAAGGUGACAGGGUGGCCAUCUAUAUGCCUGCCUCUCCUCUCCUGGCAGCCACCAUGCUGGCCUGCGCUAGGAUCGGAGCCAUUCACAGUGUUGUGUUUGCUGGGUUUAGUGCCGAAUCCCUUAUGAACAGGAUUAAUGACGCCUCGGCGAGUGUGGUGGUGACAGCUGACGAGGCAGUUCGUGGAGGGAAGACCAUUCCUCUGAAGAGUAUAGUGGACGAGGCUGUGGGAGGCUGUCAGUGUGUCCAGAGAGUGUUGGUGUCUCGGAGGACCGGAGCCCAUGUACCCAUGACCCCCAGAGACCUUCAGCUUGAGCAGGCAAUGUCGGAGGUGUCAGACUCGUGUGCCCCAGAGCCUCUGGACAGUGAGGACCCUCUGUUCAUGCUCUACACCUCAGGCUCCACUGGGAAGCCAAAGGGCAUCCUCCACACUCAGGCUGGCUACCUCCUCUAUGCCUCCAUCACACAACAGUAUGUGUUUGACUAUCGACCUGGAGAUGUGUAUGCCUGUGUGGCUGACAUUGGCUGGAUCACUGGCCACUCCUACGUCGUCUAUGGUCCUCUCUGCAACGGAGCUACCACCGUCCUAUUUGAGACCCACCCAACCUACCCUGACCCUGGGAGGUACUGGGAGAUGGUACAGCGACUGAAGGUCACCCAUUUCUACACGGCACCCACCGCCAUCCGCAUGCUCAUCAGGAAGGGAGACGAGUGGGUCAAGAAAUACGACAGGUCCUCGCUCAGAAUCCUGGGCUGCGUGGGAGAGCCCCUGAAUAAAGAGGCGUGGAAAUGGUACAAUACUGUCGUGGGGGAAGAGAGAUGUACCAUCGUGGACACCUACUGGCAGACAGAGACUGGUGGUAUUACCAUUGCUCCCCGACCGGCCGCUGAUGACAGUCAACCCAAACCUGGGUUCCCCUCCCUCCCUUUCUUUGGCAUCCUCCCGCAAUUGAGGAGUGAGAAUGAUGAGGUGAUUACUGAGAGUAACGUGCAGGGGCACCUCUGUAUCACCAAGCCAUGGCCCGGCAUGGCUCGCACCAUAUAUGGCAAUCACCAGAACUUCAUGGACGUCUAUUACAAUCCCCAUCCAGGGGUGUAUUUCACUGGGGAUGGAGCACUGCGUGACGAGAAUGGGCUGUACAGGAUCACUGGCCGCGUGGACGACAUCAUCAUGAGUAAAGGACACCGCAUCGGCACCGCAGAGCUGGAGUGUGCCAUGAACACAGAGCCACGUGUGGCAGAGACGGCAGUAGUCGGCUACCCCCACGAAAUCUACGGCGAAGGGAUCUAUGCCUUUGUGAUUCUGAAGGACGGCGUGGUGGCGAGUGUUGAGACUAUUGCCGAGGACCUCAAGACUAUCGUGAGGAAGAAGAUUGCCUCCUUUGCCCUCCCCAAUCAGUUCUUGAUAGUUCCAGGUCUGCCCAAGACUCGCUCCGGGAAGAUAAUGCGUCGUAUUCUGAGGAAGAUAGCAGCUGACAGACAUGAAGAGUUGGGAGAUGUCUCCACUCUCGCUGACCCCUCCGUCGUAGAGAAGAUUGUCCAGGAACACAACUUGCUGAAGAAUGAUAAUUAAUAUUUCUGACCAUUUGAAUAACUCUGAGCCCCCUAUUUUUCCUGAACUGCAUUCUAUGUACAAAAACCUCUCUGUCUUUGCGCAC